AUGGGCGCUUACGUAACACGCCGCAAGGCGCGUGCGGCGUCGGGCUCAAAGAAGGACGACUUGAGCGACCUGAUUGCCUUCCCCGAGGACAUUGCACCGGCACAGCCUGUCAGCCAGAGGGCAUUCAUUGGCAGCAACCUCAAUUCGCUGUCAGACUACGAGCGUAAGGAGGUCCUCGACUUUGACUUCAUUUACUACAUGGCGCGCGGGGUCAAACGUCCGAAGCAGCCGGACGGGAAGAUCUACAACCACGGCUACGACGAUGAGCGCGGUGACUACAUUGUGGUUGAAGGCGACCAUCUCUGCUACCGUUACGAGGUUGUCGGUGUUUUGGGCAAGGGUUCGUUCGGCCAGGUCGUGCACUGCCGCGACCACAAGUCGGGUGGGUCGGUCGCAGUCAAGAUUAUUCGCAACAAGAAGCGCUUCCACACUCAAGCUUUGGUGGAGGUCAAGAUCCUGCAGCAGAUUGUUGACUGGGACCCGGAAGACAAGCACUAUAUGGUCAAGAUGACCGACCACUUCUACUUCCGCGGCCACCUUUGCAUCGUCACUGAGCUGCUGAGUAUCAACCUAUACGAGCUCAUCAAGGCGAACCAGUUCAACGGCUUCUCGACUGUCCUUAUCCGCCGCUUCACGACGCAGAUGCUGUCGUCACUCAUGUUGAUGCGGUCCCACAGAAUUGUCCACUGUGACCUCAAGCCCGAGAACAUUUUGCUGCGGCACCCUGCCAAGUCUGGCAUCAAGGUCAUCGACUUCGGCUCGUCCUGCCACGAGUCUGAGAAAGUGUACACGUAUAUCCAGUCCCGCUUCUACCGCAGUCCAGAGGUGAUCCUGGGUAUGAACUACGCGAUGGCCAUCGACAUGUGGUCGUUGGGCUGCAUCCUUGCGGAGCUGUACACUGGCUACCCUAUCUUCCCCGGUGAAAACGAACACGAACAGCUCGCGUGCAUUAUGGAGGUUCUAGGCGUUCCCGAUCACUAUAUCGUUCAAAAGGCAUCGCGGCGCAAGCUCUUCUUUGACGCCACGGGCGCUCCCCGUCCGUUUGUCAAUGCCAAGGGCAAGAGGCGACGACCUGGGACGAAGACACUUGCGUCGGUGCUAAAGUGCAACGAUGAGCUAUUCAUCGACUUUAUCUCAAAGUGUUUGACCUGGGACCCGGACAAGCGUCUCAAGCCACAGCCGGCGAUGCGUCAUCCGUGGAUCCUCGCUGGCAGGCGCCGCUCGCCUCCUCCUCAACCUGAGCGUGAGGGACGAACAUCCUUCCUCGGCUCGAGCGCGCGGCGCUCGACCGUUAACGGUGACAAGAAGAGCCUGGUGAUCUCGCCUCCAACUCCUUUAGUCGCCCGCGUUCCGCAGGCGCCGCAGUCAGCGUCCCGCAUCGGAGUAAGCGUCUCGACUGCACGCCUGCACGCGCGCAACAGCACCUACGUCGUGAGUAGGCCCCCGUCGACAUCUUCUGACUCGCAGCCCAACGCCCAAAAGGUCAGCAUGGCUUAA